UGAUCCUACCUGGCCAGCUGAAGCAAUUGGAGAAAAACAAUCGUACGCUGUGUAUUGGUGCACUCUCGGGAAGUAUUAUUUAAUUAAUAAUGUUGUUUUCCGGCACCAGUGCUGCCGUAGAGAGUACAACCAUCUAAAGUCAACGUGCGCCGUAAUCAAACGAAACAUUUGGAUAAACUCCCCCUCCUUCCAAAGCCAAUGUCCAAUCACUAUGAUAUUCCAUCGUGGGCCGGAAAGCCACCGACCGGUCUGCAUCUGGAUGUGAUGAAGGAGGACAAGCUCGUCCAGAAGCUGAUGAUCGACGAAAAGCGAUGCUACCUGUUCGGGCGUAAUCCGCAGAUGAACGACUUCUGCAUCGACCAUGCUUCCUGUUCGCGGGUCCACGCCGCCUUCGUCUACCACAAGCAUCUUCACAUCGCUUACCUAGUCGACCUCGGCAGCACGCACGGCACGUUCAUCGGUUCGGUCCGCCUGGAGGCCAACAAACCGACCCAGCUGCAGAUCAACAGCCAGUUUAGCUUCGGUGCCUCCACCCGCCACUACAUACUGCGCGAGCGGCCAACCGUCGGGUCGCGCACCAACAUCAUGGAGGACAUACCGAUGAUGGACAUCAGCGACGGCACCUUUCUCGGGUUGCCCGAAAGUCAAACCGAACUCGAUAAUCUAACCGAAUACAAUACGGCCCACAAUCGGCGCAUCUCGAUGCUCGGCAUCGCGGACGACGGUGGCAGUGUCGGCGGGGCGGGCGGUGCCGGCGGACCGGGCAGUACCGGCGGCAGCUCGUACAAGAAGAACAAGCGCAACAAGCGGAAAGGGGUCGCGUUCAACGAGGACGAAAUCAUCAUCAACCCGGAAGACAUCGAUCCAUCAAUCGGCCGGUUCCGCAAUCUCAUCCAGUCCACCGUCGUGCCGGUGUCGGCCAAGCGUGCCAAGAUGGAGGUGCAGAACAACAUGGGCAUUGUGACGUCACCAUCGACCAGCGGCAUGAAAGCCGGUGGGUUCCAUCUGCACUCCCAUCACCACGCGCUGACGGGAGGUGGUCACGGUCAGGCUCAGGGGAGCGCACCGACCAGCCUUUACCACGGAAUCGAUCCGGUUGAUGGUGGUGGUGGUGCGGGAAGUAGUGGCGCAGGAGCCAGUUCGUCCUCCGAUGGGCGUGGCUUCGGAAGCUUCGACAUGGACACGACACCAAGCGGGCUGUCGACCAAGCUGGGCAUACUGUUGCCAAAUCCGGCACCGGACGUCAACCCGGCACCGCCGCAGGUCCGUGAGCCGUCCACCUCGGUGCCGAUGUUCGCCGUACCGGGUGCGACUGCGUCCGGUAGUGGCAUGAACGCUGCUGGUAAGCGAAACAAUUAUGAUCAAAGUAGUCGAUCGUGCGAUGCUAAUUGUAUUUUCACUACGUUCUGCUUUCAGCCAAAGCCGGGGAGAAGCAACCGGACACGUCGGAUGAGCCGAAGAAGAAGAAGUAUGCCAAGGAACAGUGGCCGGGCCGGAAACCGCUCGGAUUGGGCAGCUUUUAAGCGAAAGGAGACUGGUAACCUCGUGCAAACACACACACUCAUGCAUUACAGACAACAGCGCAACACUAUCUGAGGAACGCAAAUGGUGUACAGGACGAACAAUAUUCUGUAACAUUUAAUAGUCAUAGUCGCUGCACCGUGUGUCCACUCUGGCCGAGCUUGUCCGGUGGAAGGUGAAGCAUAUUUGUAAAACAUACAGAACUAUAAGAAACUGGUAGAUUUGAGAAAUAAAAAUGAAAUCGUACGCAGAA